CGUGUGUGUGUGUGAGAGAGAGAACAUCCGCAGUGCAAACACAGCACUUUCAUUUCCUUCUUCAGGAAAGGUUCUGAGCAGAUUAGUCAGACCACCCUCCCAUGAGCCUCAUUGCCUCUUACCUUCUCCCCUCUCUCACUCUAAUCUAUCAUCUACUCUACCUCUGUCUGAAUGAUAGCCAAGAAAAGAGGACCUGUUUUGGAGUGGUGCUGUAUAUAAAGGACUGGGAUUGAGCUCAGAGUGCCAAUGGAUGGAGUCCAGUGCAACAUGCUGCUUUACCCAAAGGCACUUCCUCCAAAAAAGUGGACAGAGAAGGAUCCUUCUUCAGACAUCUGAAUCUCCAGCAGAGCAUUGGGUGUUCCUCCACUUUGAUUGCUGCACCAAAGGUAGCCAUGGCGACCACUGAUGAUUAUUACGAUGAGGAUUAUAACAGCACCCUCGACUAUGGUUCCUUGCCCGCCCCAUGCGACCUGCAGGACACCUGGCAGUUUGGCAGCCGGUUCUGUCCUGUGGUGUACAGUCUGGUCUUCCUGCUGGCGGUGGUCGGCAACGUCCUGGUGCUGUGCGUGGUGUGGCGCUACCGCCACUCCCGCCGCGGCCCCUGCUCCUUCAACCUGACGGACACCUUCCUGCUGCACCUGGCCGUGUCCGACCUCCUGCUGGCGCUCACGCUGCCCUUCUACUCGGUGCAGUGGGCGCGCGAGUGGCUGUUCGGCACGGUGGCCUGCAAGGUGGCCAGCGCCGCCUUCUCGCUCAACCUCUACAGCGGCAUCCUGUUCCUGGCCUGCAUCAGCUUCGACCGCUACCUGGCCAUCGUGCACGCCGUCAGCGCGGGCUGGCGGCGCAACACGUGCCACGCCCAGAUAGCCUGCGCCGUCAUCUGGGUGGCCUGCCUCAGCCUGGCCGCCAUCGACAUCCAGUACAGGGAGGUGGUGAAGCUGCCGCGGUCCGACAUCCACGUCUGCCAGCUCGUUUUCUCUCACGGCGACUCCCAGAAGUGGCAGGUGAGCCUGCAGCUGGUCAGCAUGGUGGUGGGCUUCGGGCUCCCCCUGCUGGUCAUGCUCUACUGCUACGUGCGCAUCUUUCGCGCCCUGUGCCACGCCACCCGCCGCCAGAAGCGUAAGUCCCUGCGGCUCAUCGUGUCCCUGGUCUCCGUCUUCCUGCUGUGCUGGGCGCCCUACAACGGAUUUCGGCUGGUGGACAGCCUGCAGCGGCUGAGCGUGAUUGGCCAGAGCUGCAGCCUGGACCACGCCCUGGACGUCGGGACUCUGGUGUCGGAGAGCGUGGGCCUGGCGCACUGCGCCUUCAACCCGCUGCUCUACGGCUUCGUGGGGGUGAAGUUCCGCAGGGAGCUCGUGGAGAUGUGGAAGGGGCUGCUGUCGUCUGUCGGCCUUCUCAGAUUGGAUGGCUGGGGACAGAAGAGGCACAGGGCCACGGGACCGUUCAGCUCAGAGAGCGAGAACACCUCUUAUUCCUCCGUUGUGAUGUGAACUUAGCCUGGGAGAGAGGCAGGUGGAGUUGUAAGUGAAGUCACACGCAAAGAAAUAACAACAACAAAAAGAAAAUCUGGUCUAAUUACCAAAAAGUUACAUUUCAACUCAACUCCCCAAGGCCUCAGCUACAGGCUGUGGUGUUCUUUGAAACUGGCUGCACAUACUGUCAAACAUGGCCUCCCAUUAAAUAUCCUGAUUUAAUCCUACCCAAGCUAUUUAAGAGGUUUUCAGCUAGACUUACAGUCAAGGUCAGUUUAGACACAGCUUAUGGUUACUCACUUCAGGUAAAAUAGCUAUUUGUUCAUAACCAAGCUUUUUAAAUGCAAAUGAGACAUACAAAAAGAUUAUGUUCACUUGUGUGGUGCUAUGUAGAAUUAAUAAAUAACUCUUUUUUGGGAUAUUUAUUUGAUUGUCAAACAUUCAGUUCAGGCUAAUUAGCAUGCUUUUGAUUCACUUUCCCAUUCACAUAAUUUUUAUGACAUAAUAGUAAAUAGAUAAUAUUGUUUCAGCGCCUGCUGUCUAUGGAAACCCUCUAUGGUACCCACAGUAACACUGGUACUUUGCUUGUCACUGUAGCUCAGUAAUGCGGUGAGCAACAGACUCCGUGACACGGCAACAGCAGGUCCAAUGAAUUGCACUUUAUUUACCAAUGUGCACACCAGAGUCACCCCAUGAGCCUGUGGAGCCCAAAAUGAUAAAUAAUAAAAAUGGGCUCCAAAAUAAUAAAUAAUUAAAAUGAUUAAUUAAAAGCACCACACAGGGGCCCCGUAGACAAGCCAGGGCCCUAGGCGGUCGCCUGUAUGGCCAAAUGGAAGGGCCGGCUGUGACCUCACAGGAAGUCCACAGGAAGUCCACAGGGAGACUCAAGAGUGCUCUGAGAGAGCUCAAAAGAAUUGUUCUCACACAUCCACCUUCAUGGCUUACAAGUGACUGAAACCCAAUACCCCGUAAGACAUAAUUCACCAAUGAUCACCUGACACAUCAACAACUGCCCCUAGGCCCGGGUGUGAUUGAGUGCCUGCUUAAAGAGUUAAUUAGUUUUAAUGAUGGUAAAGUACCUUUAAGUUCCUUCAGCCAUCUUGUAUUAUAUACAGUUUCAUGAAACAGCAUUUCCCCCCUACCUGGUUUCCUGUAACUGCAUAUUUGUCACACUCAAUGGUGUCAGAUCUAUAGACAAAAUGUAAUAUUAGACAAAGGGAAAUCGAGAAAUACAAAACACAUUUUUAAAUCGAUUAUUUCAAUUUUUUUAAUGACAGAAGUUACCGAACACCCAUAUCAGCCCAUGUGAAAAAAUGAUUGCCCCCUUAAACCUAAGAACGGGCAAGAACUGCAAUCAAACAAUGUCACGUUUCUAUCGCCGAUCAACAAUAAUUUUCCAUUGUUUUGGAUUUCACUCUUUGGAGCUCAUGCACAACCACUGGAGCUCAGAAAGUGUUUAUAUCAGUGUGAAAUGACUUUUGUAACAGUGAGAAAAGAGGACAUGAAACAUUCAUCACUUCCACUUAUGCACAGUCUCCACAUGUGAGAGUUCUACUGGCAUGCAAAUGUUGGCAAGAUUUAGUGGCUGGCCUGUGGAGCCAGAUCAUCAUUUUCUGUAUUCUUCUCUGAAUCCACGUGAUGUGGCUUGGAAAAAAA